CUAGAGUGAGAGAGUGACGGUAUUAUACGCAUGAUAUGAAGCGCGCAACUUGCUCCGCACAAAAAGGAUAUCCUAAGAAACACAGCUGCGCUUUAUAAAUGAGAAUAUAAUACUGCCUGACUUAUGAUAUAAUUCUUUUCGACGCGCCGUCAGACAAAUCGAAAUAGGAGAUUUUAAAAAGCCGUUAUAUCCGUUAAUUAACCAUCACUGCUUCAAGACUGACUGAGGGAAUACGAGUAGAGUAAUAAUAUAGUAGUAAUGUCGGCACCUGGCGACGGUAAUAUGGGGAACGAUAGCAGCGCAGGGAGCAGUGGUGGAUUAGGCGACGGUAGAUUUAAUAAGCCCCAUCCGCCUACGAACGUGCUGCAGAGGAUGACCGGGAUAUUAGAGGAUAAGAGCAACGACUACAUGUGCCCGAUUUGCUUCGAUCUCAUCGACACGGCGUAUAUCACACGUUGCGGGCACACGUUUUGCCACCACUGUAUCGUAAAGUGCUUAGAGAUUAAGGACCGUUGCCCGAAAUGCAGCUUCACGUUGGGCGAGCACGACAUUUUUCCCAACUUUCUGCUGGACGAGCUGGUGUCCAAGUAUAAGACGAGAAGCAAGGGCCUCGCCCAGCUGGGCUCUUACGCGGACAACGGCAGGCACGGAGCGGCGGGUAGCGAUCCGUCGGCGCCCGACGGUCUGCGGAGCAUCGUCGCGGCGGAGAGCGCCAAUCUCACUCUACCCGACGUGAACGUGAUGCUCGAGGUGCUGACUCAGCGGAAGCAUCUGCUCGAGGCGGAGACCUGCACGGCGCAGAACAAGCUGCUGCACGAGUUCCUCAAGCACCUGCUGCAGCAGAAGGAGGAGCAGAGGAAUCAGCUGCAGAAAGAGGUGGUGCUGAUCAAGAAGGACAUGGAGGAGGUGGAGACGAUUCUGAAGGACGUGCAGAGCAAGUGCCCGCGGGUGGAGGACGUCAAGAAGGCGAGCGAGAACGACACCGCGCAAAUGUCGGCCAUCAGGCGGGAGAUGCUCGGCCUCAUAGACAUAAUAGACUCGAACAUGGUGAAGCCUAGCGACAAGACGACGACCAGCGCGGCCGACACCUUCGCCAAUCCGGCGAGCGUCAGCCAGUCCGGUGGAUCGACCCUGGCCGUGCGCAGGAAGCGGUUGCACGCUCACUUCGACGAUUUCGUUCAGUGCUACUUCGACUCCCGCGGCAAGGAACUGCUGCUAGGUCAGAAGUCGCAGUCCCAGAGCGAGGCUCAGCAGCACGGCGGCGUGCACAGCACGAGCUCCGGUCUGGACGUGUUUCGCGAGAAUCUCGUCAAGUUCUCGAGGUACAAUUCCCUGCGUCCACUGGCCACUCUCAACUACUCGUCGGAUUUGUUCAACAAUUCCACGAUCGUUUCGAGUAUCGAGUUCGAUAAGGACAAUGAGUUCUUCGCGAUCGCCGGUGUUACGAAGCGUAUAAAGGUAUUCGAUUACGGUGCCGUGAUACGGGACACCGUCGACAUUCACUAUCCCUGCGUCGAGAUGGUUUCUAGUUCCAAGAUUUCUUGCGUCUCGUGGAAUUCCUUUCACAAGGGGAUGCUCGCUUCGUCGGACUACGAAGGCACCGUGACGGUGUGGGACGCGAUGACCGGUCAGCGGACGAAGGCGUUCCAGGAGCACGAGAAGAGGUGCUGGUCCGUCGAUUUCAACGACGUGGACACUAGACUGAUCGCGUCCGGCUCCGACGACGCCCGGGUCAAAUUGUGGGCAUUGAAUACCGAUUACUCCGUGGCGUCGUUAGAGGCGAAGGCAAAUGUGUGCUGCGUGAAAUUCAAUCCACGUAGCUCGUGUCACCUGGCGUUCGGCUCCGCGGAUCACUGCGUGCAUUAUUACGAUUUGCGCAACAUGAAGGAGGCGCUGUGCAUAUUCAAGGGCCACCGCAAAGCCGUCUCCUACGUCAAGUUUAUCAACAAGGAGGAAAUUGUGUCGGCCAGCACGGAUUCACAGCUGAAGAUGUGGAACAUAAAUAAUCCGCUUUGUCUGCGAUCGUUCGUCGGGCAUGUGAACGAGAAGAACUUUGUCGGACUCGCCACCGACGGCGAUUACGUAGCUUGUGGAUCCGAGAACAACGCGCUAUACGUGUACUACAAAGGACUGACAAAGCAGUUGUUCUCGUACAAAUUCGACGCCGUUCGAAGCAUACUGGAGGUGCAGGACAGAAGGGAGGAAGAUCUGAACGAGUUCGUGUCCGCGGUGUGCUGGAGGCAGAUGUCUAAUGUCGUAGUGGCCGCCAAUUCUCAAGGGAUUAUCAAAAUAUUAGAGCUGGUUUGAGAUUAGGAGAUUAGGAAAAAGUUGUUGAACUGAGAACUUAAUGAGUGAAACACGUGUAUUCGAUUACUAUAAAUUAAAACGGGUCUAAAUAAUGGAAAAAAAAAGGUAGCGAAAGGAUUAGAGAUAUAAGAAUAAUGUCUGACAAAAAUUAUAUUUCAAGAGAGAAAUUUAUGAAAUAUACGUUGUUUUACGUUUUUAUAAUAUAUUUAGCCCCGCAUACACUUAGACCCUUUUUAUUUUAUGGUAUCUCUCUUGUGACUAUUUUAAGCGUGAAUAACAACGAGAAAUAACGGAAUCCAUUCUAAAUAGCGUAAUUAAAAUAACGACCGCGCGUAGUGAAAAUUUGUACAAUUGACGUAAUAUAAAUCGGAUGAAAACGGCAUUGAAAGAUGCACUAUAUCGGUGAAUAAAACUAUCGCAAGCGGAGAUCUUCCAAUGAUCCAUGCUCAAUGUAUCAGAGAGCACAGAUACUUUCUCUGGAUUGUAUGUACGCUAUGUGUACGUUAUAAUUAGGAACAUCGGUACCGUUAAUUAUUACAUUUUCGGAUUUGGAAUCUAUAUCUAAUCUAAUUUAGCUAUAAUUCUAUCUCAACAGACUGAAUCGUAAUGAUUAAAGUUUUUGCAUUAUUAUAACAUGCUCGAAAAAAAGAAAUUUCGUGCGUAUGACUUAUGAACACGAUGAUCUUUCGUAAUUUUACGUUAUUGAUACUUAAUAUUUGUCGGAGAUACCAUAAUUGCACGCUUGUUAAAUUGUAUUUUAAUGCAGAUAUAUAUAUAUACACAUAUACAUAUAUUUUUAAAUAUAUGAUCAAUGUGAUUGAGAGAGUGACGUUUACUACAAUAAGUACAAUACUUUUGGAAGCAAACAGUCCGAGUCUGCACAAGUCUAUUGCAUUUUAGGCGAUUUGGGAAGCAUGCAGGAAUCGUAGGAUUUAUCUUUUUUUUUUCUUACUCAAUUUUACGUGCUGAAUUAAAAAAUCACAGUUAAAAUAAUCUUAAUAUCCGGGGAAAUAAUUUUGGGAUGUAUUUUGAGAAAAAAGCAAUGGUUGAUUUCAUCAUUAAUUUUGUCGAGCGAUGUCUGCGACAUUGAAUUUGUCUUUAAAAAUAUUGUGAUGUAUAUUGAUAUCUAAGCCAUCAUUCUUUCUCAUCAGGGUUUUAGAACCUGCAAUAGCGGAAUUAUUUUAAGCUAUGUAUAUAUUUAUACUUAUUUAGAUUUGUACAUUUAUUUACGUAUGUAUACAUUACAUAUGUAUAUGUAUAUAUAUAUAUUUGUUUUCUGUUAAAAUAUGUCCCAAAAUUAUAUUUCCCGGAUACCAAGACUAUUUGAAUUAUGAUUUUCGGAUUCAACAGAAAUUGAAUAAGAUGAAUCAAAUCCAA